AUGAAUCACAUUUCGAAUGAAAUUAAAAAGAUGGAUAGUUUUAUUCCAUAUAUCAAUAAUGAUGUUAACGGCACAGGCUUGACAAACAACUGGGAAAAAACGCGAAUUCUUAUCGAGAUAAGUAUCAAUGAUGCCAUUCUAAUGAGUAAUAUUUAUGUUAAUUCUUUCCAACAUAGCAGUGAUCUAAUAGAAACGAAUGUUGACGUUCAAUCUUCGUAA